AUGGUGAGGUGCUGGAGGCAUUCAGAAGCAAGCUUGGAGGACCCACACUGUAUGCACUGUGGUCCCAUGAGUUCCUUCAGAAUUCCUCACAAAGUACUCUGGGGGAGUCUUGCAGUCACGCUGCUCAUUGUUGUCAUUGGCCUCGGUGUCACUGCACAUCUAGGGCUACAGCGCAAGACACAAUCUUCACUGCAGGUUGUCAGAAUCCCUGAUCACACCGGUGAAUUUAUCAAUCAGUCUGCGCUGAUCGACAAGCACAACAAUGUAGUGACUUAUUUUGUGACUUCACACGUCAAUCAAACUUCCACUGUGAUUUUUGAUGUGAGACAGGGGUUGGUAUGCUAUAAACCUGACAACCAGGACAGCUGCUUUCUUCGCCGGAUGGAAAGUUUGGAUUAUGAGAAUGUGAAAUCUCAUCUGAAUAAAUCAGAGACACAGGUCAGUCAGGUGUGGCUGGUGGGAAAUGAGACUGAACGGCACACAGAGUUUAUGGGAGUGUUGCCCAGCAGUCGUCUUGAUGCUUCCACCCUUCAAGAACCUCUUCAGUCCCUCUGCAAGCAAGCUUCUGUCUAUUGGACUAGAAGAUCUGAUGGUCCAGGGAAACACAGACUUAUUUACUUCUGCAUCGACAUUUGCUUCCCCAGCAACAUUUGCGUAUCCGUGUGUUUCUACUAUUUGCCAGAGUGAGAUUCCACUGGUGGUGACCCAUAGAACGCCAGGAAGCGAAUGCUUUGACAUUAGCGAGAGCAACUGCAGAGACUGUACCAAAGGCACAAUUAAUGCCAAUCUGGCAAAGAAGGCGGAACCAUUGUUUCAUGUUAUCUGCUGAAUCCUUAUUUUCAUCCUUUCUUGUAUUUAUCCCCAUUUUUGCAGUGGCAUUUAAACAUGACUUGGCUCAAAACUCCAGCUUGUUUUCUCCUGUAACCUGAUGCAGAUGAGU